CCCUUCUAUCUGUCUGUCUGUCUGUCUGUAUCUCAAUUAAACUCUUCCUGGCUAAACGCCACUUGGGUUGUUGCGAAAAGCUUGCUCACACUUCAAUCGGUAAUCACUAAUCUCUCUCUCUCUCUCUCAAACCUUGCUAUAUCCUUUCGUGGGCACGACGAGGUGAGGGAAAUGAGGUCCGAAAUCAACCCAUCAUCCCUCUUCAAGCAAAAUUACGUCUUUGCGAAGUUCGCUCUGUCGUUUCUAUUGAUAGGUCUCGCUUUUCGCCUCUUCGUCUCCGAUUCCAUCAGGUUGUCGUCGUCAGUCGUUCAGGAGCCACCCGUCUCCGAAUCAAUAACUGAAAAUGAAUCGCCUCUUGCCUCUCUGCCUAUUCAAAGGCCGGACGACGGUGAUUCUUCCGCUACUUUCACGUCCAACAAUGAGUCCCUGAUCAAUCGGACAGAAACUUGUGAUAUCUUUGUUGGAAAAUGGGUACCUGACCCAUCCGGUCCCUUGUACACCAAUGAGAGUUGCCAUGCCAUUGAAGCUCAUCAAAAUUGCAUGAAAAAUGGACGUCCUGAUUCUGGUUACCUCUACUGGAGGUGGACUCCCCGGGACUGCGAGUUGGCCAAGUUUGAUCCUGACAAAUUUCUUGACACGAUGAAGGAUAAGUCAUGGGCGUUUAUAGGCGAUUCCAUCUCUCGUAACCAUGUUCAGUCAUUGCUCUGCAUCCUCUCUCAGGCUGGGGAAGCCAUUGAGGUCUACCAUGACAAAGAGCACAGAUCAAAAAGAUGGUAUUUUCCAGCUCACAACUUCACUCUUGCAGUCAUAUGGACUCCUUUCCUCGUUAAAGCAGAUAUAUUUGAAGACAUAAAUGGAGUGUCCUCAUCGGAAAUCCAGCUUCAUCUUGACGAACUUGACAAGAAAUGGACUGAGCAGUACAAGAACUAUGAUUACGCCGUGAUUGCCGGUGGCAAGUGGUUUCUGAAAACUGCCAUCUACCAUGAAAAUGAUACAGUCAUGGGAUGUCACUACUGCCCUGGAAAGAACUUGACAGAGCUAGGUUUCGAUUAUGCAUACAGAAAAGCUCUUCAGCUAGUUCUGAGCUUUGUCACUAAUUCUGAACAUCGAGCAUUUGUUUUCUUUAGAACCACCACCCCGGAUCAUUUCGAGAAUGGGGAAUGGUUUAGUGGGGGGACUUGCAAUAGAACCAUUCCAUUCAAAGGCGGAGAGGUGGACCUGAAGGAUGUGGACAAAAUUAUGCGCGACAUUGAAUUGGAGGAAGUCGGGACGGCUGUGGAAAUGGGAUCCCAGAAAGGGGUCACUUUGGCAUUACUCGACACAACGCAGAUGUCGCUGUUGCGGCCUGAUGCACACCCAGGUCCGUAUCGGCAAUUCCAACCAUUUGCUCAAGACAAAAAUGCCAAGGUCCAGAAUGAUUGCUUGCAUUGGUGCUUGCCAGGGCCAAUUGAUUCUUGGAAUGAUCUGGUAAUGGAAAUGCUGGUGAAUCUUUCAAAAGGAAAUCUUCAUUGACAUGAAAUUUUGGCGGUAUAAAUUGUUUGGAAGAGAUGGUUUCAUCUCUGAGGAUACGGAGAAAAGGUCGUAGCAUUGUCAUCCCUUUUUGAUCUGUUGGGAUGAAGCUUGUAAAGGGAUCAAUUACGAAUACUUCAUUCUUACACAUUCUUCAAUUCUUGAAUUGUUUUUGAGGGUGGUACAGGAUGGUCUUGCUUUAAGGCAGAUUGCUUGUCGGAGUUCA